GCUUAACAAAUCAUCCUUCAUAAAGCCCCCUAACCUGACUGAGCCUAUAAAUAGGCCUGCUCCUCCUCCUCAUCUCCAAUCUACAACCAUUAAUCAUCACAACUGUAAAAGCCAUCGAUGGGAAUGGAAACGAAGGCGUUGGCAUUUUUACUGGCGGCGACACUGGCGGCGCCGCUUCUUUGCGCCGCUCAGAACUGUGGAUCACAAGCGGGCGGAGUAGUGUGCAGCGAUGGCGAAUGCUGUAGCAAAUGGGGGUGGUGCGGAACCACCGAUGACCACUGUUUACCAGAUCGAGGCUGCCAAAGCAACUGCCACGGUGGCGGCGGCGGCGUCGAUGAAGGAGGAGGUGAACAAGCCUUCAACGUUCGAUCGACAUAUCACGAAUAUUACCCAGAGAGGAAUAACUGGAACCUGUACGCUGUGAGUGCGUAUUGCUCUACCUGGGACGGAGGGAAGCCGCUAUCGUGGAGGAAGAAGUACGGGUGGACGGCCUUUUGUGGGCCAGUGGGAGCCAGAGGACAGGCUUCGUGUGGAAAGUGCUUGAGGGUCAAGAACCGCGAGACGGGGUCACAGGCGACCGUGAGGAUUGUGGAUCAGUGUAGUAAUGGUGGUCUGGAUUUGGACAUUAAUGUGUUUCGGAAGUUGGAUACUAAUGGUCAAGGAAAUGCUCGAGGGCACCUCAUGGUCGAUUACCAGUUUGUCAACUGUGGCGAUGGAGAGAAUUCUGACGGCGCUCAAGUCAUGUGAUACACGGAUGUAUCCACGUAGAAGUCAUUUUGUCGGCUGCAUAGACAUCGUUGAAUGAAUGCAGAUACAUAAAUAAAGUAAAAUGUUUGGUUUGUGGUAGUGUGUUGGGUCGACCGGGUUUAUGGAAGUCGACCAUUUGUCCUGUUUGUGAGUUGAAGAUUUGCUUUUUAUUUUAGUUUCUUAUGGAGUGUUGGACGGUAUUUGAUCGUAUGGCUUUGUGAUUUCAGAUUUUAUUGUGUGUGAAUUUAAUUUCAUCUUUGUUAAAUUUGAUGGUUGGAAAAAGUUUGGAGUGAAAAAUGAUUUACUAAUGAUUUGAGAA